AUGGCUGAUGACUUCAGUCUAUCUUCGACUUUCAUUCCCGCCUUGUACAAGCCUUCAUCCCUUCUGCCCAUUGCUCGAUAUAGGGAGAAGCUAUUGUAUCUCAUUGAAACGUUCCCUGUCACAAUAGUUGUGGGCCAAACGGGAAGUGGCAAAACGACACAACUACCCCAAUUCUUGGAUCAGGCAGGAUGGACGACCGACGGUAAGGUCGUUGGGGUGACUCAGCCCCGACGUGUAGCGGCGACUACAGUUGCCCGCAGAGUGGCCGAGGAAAUGCGUUGCAAGUUGGGCGAGGAAGUAGGCUAUUCAAUCAGAUUUGAAGAUGUCACGUCCUCUGCUACGAGGAUCAAGUUUCUCACAGACGGAUUACUGCUUCGAGAAGCACUUGUUGACCCUUUACUAUCUCGUUAUUCAGUGAUUAUGGUCGAUGAGGCCCAUGAACGUUCUAUCAGUACCGAUAUUCUACUAGGAAUCCUGAAGAAGAUUAUGAAAAAGCGCCCCGAGCUUCGCAUUAUCAUCAGCAGUGCUACGCUGCAGGCAGAGCAGUUUCUAAAGUUUUUCUGUGGUGAUAAAUCCACUGUCGAAGGGCCGGAUGAAGAGCUUGGAGGAGAUGUUGGGCGUAUCAUUAGUCUCGAAGGGCGGAUGUAUCCUGUGGACGUGCUUUACCUGGAAAACCCAGCGGAAGAUUAUGUUGAAAGGGCCAUCAAGACAGUCUUUGAUAUUCACUCUCAAGAGGGUGACGGUGAUAUACUCAUCUUUUUGACCGGGCGGGAAGAAAUUGAACAAGCAGUUCAAUUAAUUUCAGAGCGUGCUGCGAUGCUCCAUCCAAAAGCUAAAUCACUGCUUCCUCUGCCACUAUAUGCUGGUUUGACUACAGAACAGCAAAUGUAUAUCUUUGAGCCUACACCGGAGAAUACACGAAAGGUAGUCGUGUCGACGAAUAUUGCCGAGGCCUCAGUGACCAUCGAUGGAAUUGUCUUCGUUAUUGAUUGCGGGUUUGUCAAAAUCCGCGCUUACAACCCAAAGACUGGCAUUGAAACAUUGACCGCCACGCCGGUGUCUAAAGCAUCGGCUACGCAACGUGCUGGCCGAGCUGGAAGAACAAAGCCUGGUAAAUGCUUUCGUCUAUAUACCCAAAAAGCCUUCGAGGCCUUGCCCGAAACAGGUACGCCAGAGAUUCAACGGUCAAACUUGGCACCGAUUGUCAUGCAGCUGAAAGCUCUUGGAAUCGACAAUGUUGUGCGCUUUGAUUUUCUUUCGCCUCCUCCGGCUGAGUUGAUGACUCGUGCGCUGGAGCUUUUAUAUUCUCUCGGAGCCGUGGAUGAUUAUGCGAAACUCACAAAACCCAUGGGAUUUCGUAUGGCCGAACUUGGUGUCGAGCCGAUGCUGGCCAAGGUCUUACUCAGUGCUCCUAGCUUCAAUUGCCUAAGCGAGGUUCUUACUAUAGCAGCCAUGCUCAGCUUGCAAGGCUCAUUGUGGGUCCAGCACGACGGCGGUAAAGACGAAGCUGAGAGCGCACGAAGGAAGUUUGCUGUUGAAGAAGGCGAUCAUAUGACAUAUCUCAACGUGUAUCAGGCAUUCAUCACCAAGGGCCAAAAAGAUUCAAAAUGGUGCAGAGACAACCUAUUGAACUACAAAUCUCUGACUCGGGCCGUAAGCGUUCGUGCUCAGUUGAAACGCUAUCUUGAGCGGUUUGGAUUAGAGGUUGAUUCGACGCUACCGAUUUCCUCUGCCUCAAAAGAGAUCAAUAAAUCAGAGCAAAUCUGUCGGUGCCUGACCACGGGUUACUUUGCACAUGCUGCCAAAAUGCAGCCUGACGGAAGCUUCAAGACUGUGGGCGGCGGGUUGACUCUGCACGCCCAUCCGAGUUCAUUGAUGUUUAACCGCAAAGCUGAUUGGGUUAUAUUCCAUGAAAUCCUAGAGACUGGAGCUAAGACCUUCAUUCGCGAUGUCACCAAGAUUGAGAGAAGCUGGCUGGUGGAAUAUGCCCCUGAAUACUAUCGCGUAACUUAA